GUCAUUCCCUGUUUCCAUCGUAUCCAGGCUGCUACAAUGGAGAAAAAGGUAGCCAGGGAAUUCAGGCACAAGGUGGACUUACUAAUUGACAGUGAUGCAGAAAAGGACUACCUUUAUGAUGUACUACGUAUGUACCACCAAUCAAUGGAUCUCCCUGUUCUGGUGGGUGACCUAAAACUGGUGAUAAAUGAGCCAAGUCGUCUGCCAAUGUUUGAAUCUAUUCGGCCACUUAUUCCUUUGAAACACCAAGUAGAAUAUGACAGUCUGACACCAAAACGAUCUCGGAAACUAAAGGAGGUGCGUUUAGAUAGAACACAUCCUGAAGGACUAGGCUUAAGUGUGCGAGGUGGAUUGGAGUUUAAUUGCGGACUCUUUAUUUCCCAGUUGGUGAAAGGAGGACAAGCAGACAAUGUUGGCUUGCAGCUUGGAGAUGAGAUUGUUCGGAUAAAUGGCUACUCAAUAGAAUCUUGCACACAUGAGGAAGUGAUAAAUCUUAUUCGUGCCAAAAAGACUGUGUCGCUGAAAGUUAGACAUGUUGGAAUGAUUCCUGUCAAAAGUUCUUCUGAGGAGACUUUGAAGUGGCAAUUUGUGGACCAGUUUGUGUCAGAUGCUGGGGAUGGGAAGAUCAGUUUAGCCGGAUUGGCUUCCCUGGGGAACAAGGAAGUAAGGGAAAAGAAGGUUUUCAUCAGCUUGGUUGGUGUCAAAGGCAUGGGGUGCAGCAUAUCCAGUGGUCCUACUCAGAAGCCAGGGAUCUUUAUCAGCAAUGUGAAACCAGGAUCAGUUUCUGCAGAGGUGGGCUUAGAGGUUGGAGAUCAGAUUGUUGAAGUAGAUGGAGUUGAUUUUACAAACGUGGAUCACAAAGAGGCUGUCCGAAUUCUGAAGAGCAGCAGGAGCCUGACAAUCAUUGUACUCACUGGUGCAGGGAAAGAACUAUUCCAAACCGAAGAAGAGCGAAUGAAUGAAUAUUACCGCCAUGAACGAGAGCGUCAGGAAUUAAUGCAGCAGAAAAGGAUUGCAAUGGAAGCCAACAAAAUUCUGAAGGAACAACAAGAAAAAGAGAGGCAAAGAAAGCUGGAGAUAUCACAGAAAACUGCUGAAGAACAAGAGAGAUAUCAAAAAGAAAUUGAACAGAUAGAAGCACAAGAACAGAAGUUCAAAAGGGAAUGGGAUGAAGACUGGGGACAACAUGAACAGCCCACGAGUCCAAUGUCUGUAGCUGCUGAUGUAAUUCCACAACCAUCAUCGAAAAGUGAAACAAUUGGUUGGUUUUAUCGAUAUGAAGGCAAAUAUCCCACCACUCAGAAGAAAGGGAUAGAGAGGAAGAAAUCCAAGGCUGAGGUAUUAUUUGACCAAAGGAAAAAUAAAAAGGAACUGGAAUUUGAACAGAAGCUUGCCAUCGAGAAAGAGGAAAUGUUAGAGAAAGAAAAGCAAUUGAAGAUAAACCGACUCGUCCAAGAGGUUUCUGAAACAGAACGGGAAGAUUUGGAAGAAUCUGCAAAAGUUCAGCAUUGGGUGGAGAAGCUGUGCCAGACUCGGUUAGAGCAGAUCUCUUCAGCAGAGAAUGAAUCCCUUGAGGGGUCAACCGCACUGCAACCCCCUCCUGUGUCCGUGCGGACUUUCCCCGGUGGUCUCCAACUACAUACUACAGAUCUUGAUGACAUCAACUUAGAUCAGCUUGACCAGUCAGCAAAGCGGAUAGCACCUCCUCCACCAGCGCCUCACUUCGCUCCAUCCCCACAUCCGUCCAAGAUGCCAUCGCCGACAAUCGCAACAGCACGGAAAAAGCCUGCUCCGCCUCCACCACAUCAUCCAAAAACAUCCCACGCUGGCUCAAAGGUGUCAUCAGUUCCACCCCCUCUGCCACCAACACCAAUCCCCCCUUCAGUGCCCAUUCAUCCCAUUGCCUUUACUCGUUCCCAAGGUGCCAUUCAAGAUGUACGAGAGAGUAACUCAAACUAUUACUCACACCCGGACCUGGACUCAGGUCGUGACUGGGAGGCACAGAAGUUUGGUUCAAAAGCUGAGUACAGUCCUAUUUACAACCGGAUAGGGGAAAGUUCAUAUCCAACCAGUCAUAAGCAACUUGCCCCAAGCCCACCUAUGCAAAAACGACCACUGGGGCCUUUGGCUUCCAAGCCAGUCAUGUUGCCUCCUAGCCCUAGCCUUAUAAAAAAGACAUGGGUUAAAUCUGACCUGCAACCAGAAAUGUUGAAACGAAUGGUGGUCUACAAUUCGUCAUUUCGUUCUAAAGGAAAACACGGCUUCCAAAAAUACGUGGAGGACUUUGACCCUUAUUCUAUGUUCACAUCUGACCAGAUUGCAGGAAAAGAUGUUCGCCUCUUAAGAAUUAAAAAGGAGGGAUCAUUGGAUCUUGCAGUUGAGGGGGGCAUCAACUCUCCACUUGGGAAGAUCGUUGUAUCUGCUGUCUAUGAGGGAGGAGCUGCAGACAAACAUGGCGGUGUAGUGAAGGGAGAUCAAAUAAUGGCUGUCAAUGGGAAGAUCCUCAUUGAUGCUACCUUGCCUGAAGCUCAGACGACAUUGGCAAAGUCAUGGAAUAGCGGUGGUGACUGGAUAGACUUGGUUAUAGCUGUGUCUCCACCCAAGGAAUAUGAAGAUGAAGUGACAUUCUUCUGAUAAAGAAGAGUCAUAUGAUAUUAUAAGGACCACUUCAUCCGGAAUCAAAUCUUCCUCAUAAAGUCCAGUGCUUUGUAAUGCAAAAUUUUAUUGAAGAAAACAGAUCAGAUUAUUUAAACUACAUUAAUAUAAUGGAGAUAACUACAGUGAUUUAAAUAUUGAAAUUAUUGGUAAAAUGUAUAUAUUCCCUAAAUAGGAUUAACAGGAAUAUAUAGUAGUAUUGUUAUAGACAUACAGGUGCUUGUGUCAAAUUAUUUUCUAUUAGGUAUCAGAAUAGUAGGUUUAAAAAAAGAAUUGAAAGCUAAUUGAUUGAACUGGUUUUGUCGUGUUUUUCAAUGGAACAUCUAUGUCAAUGCACUGAAGAGCUCAAAUCUGAAGUUCCUUUAACAUUCAUCGCCAGAAAUGUGCUGAUUCUUAUGAACUUGUUAUAACCUCUACAAUGGUUUCAUAAAUCUGCUCUAUCAGUGCUGCUUUGAUAAGAAUGAAGUUGAAUGAUUAAGAAAAGCACAGUGAGUGUGAAGAGCAAAGAGCCAUCUCCAAGCCUGAAUAAUAUUGUAGACCUAAAGUCUAGUGUGUUGAGAGACUUUAGUAUUACUUUGCAAAUGGGAUUACCCAUGAUUGCAAUACCUUGGUGCUCAGGUUAAAAGUGAUAUAGCAAAUAAAUUAUGCAUGAGCAUCUUGCUUCAGUGUACCAUAUUGGUAUGAGAGGACUGGAGCAUUAAGGCUGAUUUUGUGAGACACGCUCUCCCGAAUGGUGUGGCGACACAGUGGAAUGGGACUUUAGAGAUGUGGACUGCAAUAUUUAUUAGCUCUGGAAACUAAUCACUUAUCUGAAAUAAUUGCAUCAAUUUUUGAUCGUUAAUAGAAUGAUUCUUUGUGUUAUGUGUGACCUAACAUGUUAUAAUAUAGUCUGUUAAUUAUAGAUAUAAAUAUUUACAUAUAAUGAAAUGGAUGUAUUUCUAAUUAAAUUUCAUUUAAAUUUAUAAUAAAUAAUAACAAGUAUUUGGCACAAAUGUAGGAAUGCUACAUUUGUUCUUGAAAUUAUUAAUGUUAAGGAGGAAUUUGUCCAAAUGCUAUUUGGAAUAUUUUUUAUUUUAUUAAAUCUUUAUUGA